AUGGGUCUCACGUUCUCGAAGUUGUUCGACAAGCUCUGGGGGAAGAAGGAGAUGAGAAUCCUGAUGGUCGGUUUGGACGCUGCCGGAAAGACCACCAUCCUCUACAAGCUGAAGCUCGGCGAGAUUGUCACGACCAUCCCCACCAUCGGUUUCAACGUGGAGACUGUCGAAUAUAAGAACAUCCAAUUCACUGUGUGGGAUGUCGGUGGGCAGGACAAGAUCCGUCCCCUGUGGCGACAUUACUUUCAGAACACGCAGGGCAUUAUUUUCGUCGUCGAUAGCAACGACCGAGACCGUAUCGUAGAGGCUCGGGAGGAGUUGCAGCGCAUGUUGAAUGAAGAUGAGCUCCGAGACGCCAUCUUGCUGGUUUUCGCCAACAAGCAGGAUCUCCCCAAUGCCAUGAAUGCCGCCGAGAUCACCGAUAAGCUUGGUCUUCACAGCCUGAGACAGCGCGCCUGGUACAUUCAAUCAACCUGCGCUACUUCUGGGGAUGGUCUGUAUGAGGGCCUGGAGUGGCUCGCCGCCACCCUCCGAAAGGCGGGACACCAGUAA